AUGAGCUUAGAAACCGAGGACAAACGAGCUCGGACGCGGUCCAAGGCCCUCCGAGCGCCCCCAGAGCCUGCAGGCGCCGACCUCAGCUGCCCGACCCCAGGAUGCACAGGCUCGGGACACGCACGGGGCAAGUACUCCCGGCACCGCAGUUUGCAGAGCUGCCCUCUGGCCAAGAAGAGGAAGCUGGACAGCACCGAGGCCCAGCACCUGGCGUCCAAGCGGAAGUCUCAGCCCCUGAAGCUGGCUCUUGAUGAGGGCUACAGCGUGGACAGCGAUGGCAGUGAGGACGCCGCGGUGAAGGACGCCUCUGUUUCGGGUGAAUCGGAAGCCACUCUGGAGGAGGACGACGCCGAGAUGUCAGGACAGGACGAGAUUCAUCGCGCUGAGCCAGCUGAAGGACGGAGCCCCAUUACCUCUCGUGCGGCCUCUGGCCCCAUCAGCAGCCCGGCAGGCCCCUCCAGAGGCUACCAGGAGCUCAUCGCCACGUCCCUCCUGAACUUGGGCCAGGUCGCCGAAGAGGCCCUGGUCAGGGAGGACUCGGGCCAAGGGGCCAGACGAGGCCCCGGUGUGGUGCACUUGCUGCGGGAUGAGCCUGAAGAAGGGGCUACCAGUGACGAAGGGGACAAGGACAUCUUUAUCCAGCCGGAAGAGGCAGAGGAAGUCAUCGAGGUCACCAGCGAACGCUCCCUGGAGGGUAUGAGCAGCGAGGAGUCCAGCAAGCCAAGAGUCACCCUGGGUGACGCAGACGGGGCUGAGGACGAGGACGAGGACGAGGACGAGGACGAGGACGGGGACGCAGACGAGGAUGAGGACGAGGACGAGGACGCUGCUCCCGGGUGCAUCUGUGAGGACGCUGCCCCCUGCGCUCCCACCCCGCGGGCCCCCGAGCCCGCCAGCCCCGAGCCCGCGUACUCCGUCCUCGUGGAGGUGCGCUCGGACGACGGCCAGGACGAGGACUCGCGCUCGCAGAAGUCUGCGGUCACAGAUGCGUCGGAGAUGUACGACGUGAUGACCCGCGGGAACCUGGGCCUCCUGGAGCAGGCCAUCGCCCUGAAGGCCGAGCAGGGCCAGCCGAGCCCGGGCGAGCCGGCGAAGGGGGCCCGGCCCCUGGAUGCCCCGCCGAGGACCUGCUGCGGCAAAGAUUCCUCGAGAGCUGAGAAACGGGAGAUCAAGUGUCCGACACCGGGCUGUGAUGGCACGGGCCACGUGACCGGUCUGUACCCUCACCACCGUAGCCUGUCCGGCUGCCCCCACAAGGACAGGAUCCCGCCGGAGAUCCUGGCCAUGCAUGAGAAUGUGCUCAGGUGCCCGACCCCGGGCUGUACGGGCCAAGGCCACGUGAACAGCAACCGCAACACGCACCGAAGUUUGUCUGGGUGUCCCAUCGCUGCUGCUGAGAAGCUGGCCAAGUCUCACGAGAAGCAGCAGCCGCCGACGGGAGACCCUGCCAAGAGCGGCUCCAGCUCAGACCGGACGCUCAGACCCAUGUGCUUCGUGAAGCAGCUCGAGGUCCCUCCGUAUGGAAGCUACCGGCCCAGUGUGGCCCCUGCCACACCCAGGGCCAACCUGGCCAAGGAGCUGGAGAAGUUCUCCAAGGUCACCUUCGACUACGCAAGUUUCGAUGCUCAGGUUUUUGGCAAACGCAUGCUUGCCCCAAAGAUGCCAACCAGCGAGACCUCACCCAAAGCCUUUAAAUGCUUCGACUACACGCAUGACGCCGAGGCUGCGCACAUGGCCGCCACCGCCAUCCUGAAUCUGUCCACGCGCUGCUGGGAGAUGCCCGAGAACCUCAGCACGAAGCCGCAGGAGGCGCCCCGCAAGGUCGUGGACAUCGAAGUGGACGAAAACGGGACACUGGACCUGAGCAUGCACAAGCACCGCAGGCGGGAGGGUGCCCUCCCUGGUGGCAGCAGCAGCCCCGGCGUCAGGCCCCCCGACGCCCCCCAGCGCCGGGACAGCGGCAGCGCCCCCAGCGGCUCCGUGACCUCGCCGCAGCCCAGCCAGGCCUCCCGCCAGGACGAGUGGGACCGGCCCCUGGACUACACCAAGCCCAGCCGCCAGCGGGAGGGGGAGCCCGAGGAGUCAGAGCCAGCAGCCCAUUCUUUUGCUUCCUCUGAAGCAGAUGACCAGGAAGCGUUGGAGGAGAGCUUCGAGGAGCGGCGGUACCCUGGGGACGUCACCCUCACCAGCUUUAAGCUGAAGUUUCUGUCCAAGGACAUGAAGAAGGAGCUGCUGACCUGUCCCACCCCCGGCUGUGACGGCAGUGGCCACAUCACCGGGAACUAUGCCUCCCACCGCAGCCUCUCUGGUUGUCCUCUUGCUGACAAGAGCCUCAGAAACCUCAUGGCUGCCCAUUCUGCUGACCUCAAGUGCCCCACGCCCGGCUGCGACGGCUCUGGCCACAUCACGGGGAACUACGCCUCGCACCGGAGCUUGUCAGGCUGCCCACGUGCCAAGAAAACUGGAGCCAAGGUGACACCCGCCAAGGACGACAAGGAAGACCCUGAGCUGAUGAAGUGCCCAGUCCCAGGCUGCGUGGGGCUCGGCCACAUCAGCGGCAAGUACGCCUCUCACCGAAGCGCGUCCGGCUGCCCGCUGGCCGCGCGGAGGCAGAAGGAGGGCUCCGUCAACGGCCCCUCAUUCUCCUGGAAGUCGCUGAAGAACGAGGGGCCCACCUGCCCCACCCCGGGCUGCGACGGGUCCGGCCACGCCAACGGGAGCUUCCUCACCCACCGGAGCUUGUCCGGCUGUCCCAGAGCCACUUUUGCUGGAAAGAAGGGAAAACUCUCAGGGGAUGAGGUUCUCAGCACGAAGUUCAAGACGAGUGACGUGCUGGACAACGAUGAGGAGAUCAAGCAGCUGAACCAGGAGAUCCGAGACCUGAGCGAGUCCAACUCGGAGAUGGAGGCCGCCAUGGCACAGCUGCAGUCCCAGGUCUCGUCCAUGGAGAGGAGCCUGCGGAGCAUCGAGGACGAGAACAGGCUGAUCGAGGAGCAGAACGAAGCGCUGUUCCUGGAGCUGUCUGGCCUGAGCCAGGCCCUCAUCCGGAGCCUCGCCAACAUCCGCCUGCCACACAUGGAGCCGAUAUGUGAGCAGAACUUUGAUGCCUACGUGAGCACCCUCACCGACAUGUACUCCAACCAGGAAUGCUACCAGGACCCUGAGAACAAGGACCUCCUGGAGAGCAUCAAGCAGGCCGUGAGGGGCAUCCAGGUCUAG